AUUUCCUCCGCACUAAUUCAGACGUGUAUUUCCUGCUGAAACUAUCGGAAACAUGGCAGACUGUGGAGAACCGGAUGGCCCUGGCAACAAAGAUGAUAUCACACGCUCAAAAAAUGAAGGGAAGGAGUUGACCAAAGAGGAGAAGCAACGUCUGAGGAAACAGAAGAAACAACAGAAGAAGAAACCGAAGGAAAACAAGAAUGAAAAGGUCCCGUCAGAAACAGAGAAGGACAAGACACCUGUCUCCCUGUUGCCACCACCACGACCUGUGGCAACACAGAAAGCUCCCUCAGCAUUGCCUGCCCCUGCCUCUGCACCAAUACCUGUGCCUGCCUCAGCUCCCUUCCACUCCUCUCCCACACCCUCCCCGGCAGACAAGCCGGCCAAGAGCAAAGCUGAGCUGAAGGCAGAGAGGAGAGCCAGGCAGGAGACUGACAGGGCCGCCAAACAACCAGGCUCCUCGUCCUCCGGCAUCAAGACCAAAGUCCCUCUCAGUGAACUGAACCCAGUAGUAUUCAAGACUCCUGAGCAUGUCCAAGUGGACGACCCGGCAGUGGUGAAACGACUGGCCAAGAAGUUGGAGAGACAACAGAUCCCACUGCGAUCCGACUAUGGCUACAAAGUCAGCCUGUUCUCUCACCUGCACCAGUAUAGCCGCAAAGCACCCCUCACCCAGCAACUCAGCAUUCCCUCCACAGUGAUCCACCCCUCCAUCGUGCGGUUGGGUCUGCAGUACUCCCAGGGUAUCGUGGCGGGAUCCAACGCUCGCUCUGUGGCCCUGCUCCAUGCCUUCAAACAGGUGAUCAGGGACUACACUACUCCACCCAAUGAAGAGCUGUCCAGGGAUCUGGUCAACAAACUGAAGCCCUAUAUCAGCUUUCUCAAUCAAUGUCGACCUCUGUCAGCGAGCAUGGGCAACGCAAUCAAGUACAUCAAGAAAGAAAUCUCCAAUAUUCCAAGUCAAUGCAAAGAGGAGGAGGCGAAGACCAAACUGCUGACGUGUAUAGACCAGUACAUAGAGGAGAAGAUAGUUCUGGCAGCCAAGGCCAUAUCUAAAUACGCUAUAGAGAAGAUCAGUGAUGGAGAUGUCAUUCUAGUUUAUGGAUGCUCGUCCCUGGUGAACCACAUCCUGUGCGAGGCGUUUGAGAAGAGCAGGAAGUUCCGUGUUAUUGUGGUGGACAGCCGGCCUCGUCUGGAGGGAAGGGAGGCUCUGAGACGUCUCGUACAGAGAGGCAUCAGCUGCACCUACGUCCUCAUUUCUGCGCUCUCAUACAUACUACCUGAGGUGUCGAAGGUGUUCCUGGGUGCCCAUGCCCUGCUGGCUAAUGGCUAUGUGAUGUCUCGUGUGGGCACAUCUCAGAUAGCUCUGGUGGCCAGGACGUUCAACGUGCCAGUUCUGGUCUGCUGUGAAACAUACAAGUUCUGUGAGAGGGUGCAGACUGACUCCUUUGUCUCCAAUGAGCUCGAUGACCCCGAUGACCUGAUGGUGACCCGCAAGGGGAAGACCCAGCUGGAGAACUGGCAGGACGUCAGCUCCCUGGGUCUGCUGAACCUGGUCUACGACGUCACACCACCAGACUUUGUGGACCUGGUCAUCACAGACCUGGGCAUGAUCCCCUGCACCUCAGUUCCUGUUGUUCUCAGGGUUAAAAACCUGGACCAGUAACAGGUGGAAGGGGAAUGACGCAGGGGUUUGGCGUAGAGUCGCAGACUGAUGAUGCAUCUGACUUGAUGUGGUGUUCUAUAAGAAACACUUGUGUUUGAGAGUUGUAAGCUAUGGGCACCCUAUCCUCCUAUAUAUAGUGUAGGGUAUUAGGUCAUAGGGUUCCAAAUGGGGGUGUUCCGACGACCAUUCUAGAAUGCAUAGACCUACCAAAUACAUUUGUUUUAAUUGUUAGUAGCGUGCUAGUGUUGAUAUGUUGACAUUGGACCGGGUCUUUAGACUCUCACUUUGCUCAGCCUUUCUACAUGCUAGGCUAUAUCCACUGUAACAGCUGGCCCCAAGAAAGACUACAGAAGUGUUCUACUCUGAGCAGGCAUUCACACCUGUUUGGCAUGUAAUACACUUUUGGCAUGUAAUAAAUGGCACAUUAUUUAUUGAAAA